AUGCUGCGCCGUGGUGAGGGCGUGCCCCAGGACCGUGAGCGCGCCUUAUGGUUUUACGAGCGUGCCGCCAGUGUGGGACUUGCGAGCGCCGCCCUUAAUGCUGGCAUGAUGCGCAUUGAGCCAGACGCCCCAUAUCACGAUCUUGAGAAAGGCGCGGAGUGGCUCAAUCUAGCAGCAGCCGCUGGCAGCCCCGACGCCAUGUGGGAGCUGGGAUUGCUGAUCGAAAACAGCGCCAAGAGUACGCCUUCAGACGUCAGUGCUGCACAGGCGCUCAUUCAGCGUGCUGCUGAGCUUGGCCAUGAAGAAGCCCAGCUUCGCAUUGGCGAGGAAACGGAGGCGCCACUGUCCCCUCAACCACCCCCAUCGCAAAGCAACACUCUGGCGCCGUCUACCGUACUCGUAUCGCCUGAGCAGGGCGCGCGGUUCAUGGCAGGCGUCCACCUGUUCGACGAGGGUGAAUUCUUAGCCGCCGCCGAGCAAUGGCGUCCACUCGCCGAAGAAGGCGUGGUCGAAGCGCAAUAUCGCCUGGGGCGUCUUUACCGAUUUGGUCUGGGCGUCGGGCCAGAUGUGGCCCUGGCUCGAAAAUGGCUCACCGCCGCGGCAGCGCGUGGCCACGAAAAAGCGGCCAAAACACUCGAAAUUCUGCCGGCUCCUUAA